CGAAAACGCACAAAACCAUUAAUACCGGAGCCCUUCCAUGAAGUUUCGAUGUCCAGGCAACGGAUGAUGACACAUUCUCCAAGAACAGUGCGAAGACCUUGCAAAUUCUGUCCUGACCUGGACGUAAUGCGCUAUAGUGCCCAAUUGAGCGAGGAAAAGAAUGCAGAACUCGUUCAUCGGGCAGACCGUCUGAGCAGGCGGGCUAUUUUAAAUCAUCAUUUCGAGGCCUCCGAGUUCAACUGGGAAGCAGAUGCAUGGCACGAUGUGUUCGGUUUGAUCAGAGAGGAUGACACGCUACGAAUGUUCGACAAGAGGCCGUAUGAGUUUGUUGAGACAGACGAGCACGAUAAUGUGUCAGUGAAAAGGCGGAUCCCAGAUGCCACCAUGGGCCUUAGAUCAUAUGAUAGCUUGGAGUCUCUCGAUCAUCCUUGCAAAGUCGAUCACAAGAAUAAGAAAUCCCAUGAAAGCUUAUUGAAAAAGCGCCUCCGUGCCCAAAUGAGAGAUCCGGAUAGUGGACUGAUAGUUGAUGGCAUAUGGGGCGAGUCGAACCUCCUAUUUCCAUUCGCCGUUUAUGAGGCAAAAAAACGUGCUACAACUUGGGAGCAGGCCGAAAAUCAGAUCCAGCACGCAUGCUUGUCUUACCUGGCUAUGUUGGACGAUUUGGCUCGUGACCCGACGGACGUUACGAGAUAUCAAUCGCAAGAGAGCGAUGGCUAUCAGGUCUUUGCUUUCACCUCGUGUGGGUCUUACUGGCAGGUCUAUAUCGCGUGGAACUGCUUGGGUUACUGCCACAUGGACACAAUCUGGGAGGGCGAUGUCCGGCAGUUCACUUGCGCUGCCGAGUUGAUAUACAUUAUGGAACAAGUUCAUGGUUAUGCCGCUAAUCAGCAUCGUGAGUUCGUUAUCAACCAUCUCGAGCCAUGG